AUGCCAGGACUUCUGGCUGGUUUCUGGUGUGGGAGUGGCCGCUCUGUCCCGACACCGCACAGGGCCGUGGGCGAGUGCGCCGUGCCCUCCGGCCCUCCUCGUGGCCGCAGGAGGCUUUAUUACCACCACAAGCAGGGCAAAUGCACUCCAGCGAUCACGCCAGUGACCCACCCCUGUCUGGCCACAGUGGGUCAUAAAGAGCCCCGAGCCCGGGACUCAGGACCUGAGGCCCCCAGCCUGGGACCCACGGACCCCAGCCCACAGCCCAGGACCCACAGCCCCCAGCUCAGGACCCACAGCCUCCAGCCGGGGACCCACGGACCCCAGCCCCCAGCCCAGGACCCCCAGCCCCCAGCUCGGGACCCACAGCCCCCAGCCCAGGACCCCCAGCCCCCAGCCCGGGACCCACGGACCCCAGCCCGGGACCCCCAGCCCCUAGCCCGGACCCACAGCCCCCAGCCUGGGACCCCCAACCCCCAGCCUGGGCCCCCAGCCCCCAGCCUGGGACCCACAGCCUCCAGCCCGGGACCCACGGACCCCAGCCCGGGACCCCCAGCCCCCAGCCCAGGACCCACAGCCCCCAGCCUGGGCCCCCAGCCUCCAGCCCGGACCCCCAGCCCCCAGCCCGGGACCCACAGCCCCCAGCCUGGGCCCCCAGCCCCCAGCCCGGGACCCCCAGCCCCCAGCCUGGGCCUCGGGCCCGCUGUGGUGGUGUUUGUUCAGUUUUUCUCAUCCGUCUCCCAGGCUGCACGCUGA